AUGGCUAAUGAAUUAGAUACAAUUUAGUUUUCUGCCUCGAGCAAAUUUCAUUAGCAUAUCCCUUCGAUUGACUCUCAUAUAUAGAAUAAAGUUUAUUAAUACCCGUCCAAUUUUGACUAUCAUCAAAUCAACAAGGAAAUUUAAUUCAUAGCCGAUUAUGCAUAGAGACUAAUAAAAACCACUGAAUAGAGUUCGGAUAAAUACAAGUACAUAAUUAGGAUUGCAGAGAUAAGCAUGAAAGCCAAAGAGGUGGAUAACAACAAAAAAUUAUUGGAUGACAUAGUUGAUGAAUUAUCCAUAAUACUAUCUCACUGUUAGAAAUCAAAAACUGUGUAAUUAUUGCUUACCAAAUUAAUUUCGCUAUAUAGAAAAAAAUAAACAAACUUUAAUAAUAGAGAUUCAAAUAUCAAAAAAUUUGGGUUAAUAUUUAAUAAAAAUAUUAACAAUCGAAAUAACGUACUCUCCAAUUUCAUAGAAUCCACAAGAAUGAAUACUCAAACUUAAAAAUCAUUUUCCCCUUCCUCCCAAUAUUAAAAUUCGAUGUUCCUUCAAAAGAGGGACAAGUAGAUCUAGAAUCAGGUCCAUAAAGGCGAUAAUCUGUAAAAUUACAAAGAUGAACAUCUCUAAGCCCUAUUCAACAGACCCAUGAGCUUUUAGAGGUAAAAAAACUAUUAUCUCUCAAAAUAUUGA